AUGAGUGGCAGGGUUAAAAGCUCAGAUUGGAGAGAUCUGAGGAAAAAGAAAUCUGAGGAUAUUAAGAGAUCACUGGUUCAUAGAGCACGUUUGCGAAAAAAAUAUUUCAAAAUCUUGCAACAGGAUGACGAACAGGCUGAAACAACAAGCUCUGCUAAUACUGGAGUGAUCGUGAACGACCCACAUGCUGAUAAGGUACAAGAAGAAAGGCAGGAGCAUAGAGAAGCUUUACAUAAUGAUAACCUCAAGCAUCCUGACCGACUAUCAUAUCAGGAAAGGCUUAAGAUGGCCAAGGAACGAAAGGAGCAUAGAAGAAUAGAGAAAAUUGAACGAACUAGAAUUCAACUUGACCAAAUCAAACAAAAAAAAUUGAGCAGGGAGUCAAGAAAAGAGAUUUUCUCUAAAAGAACUCGAACAGGCCAACCCAUGAUGGGACCCAGGAUAGGCAAUUUACUGGAAAAGAUUAAAAACUCGAAAGAUUGA